AUGGACUUUGUGCUGGAGAAUGACUUGCAGGCGUGCAUCGAUCAGAUCUUCAGCCAGCUGGAACGCCUGGAGAUUCUAGCCAGUAAGGAGCCGCCCAGCCGCAGACAGAAUGCCAAAAUACGUGUGGACCAGUUGAAGUAUGAGGUGCAGCAUACGCAGAGGGCUCUGGAGAACUUCCAGCACAGACGCUACGCCCGCGAGGCCCAGGAGAGGGAGCGGGAGGAACUGAUGCGCAGGAAAUGCACCACCAACGGCGUCCAUAAGAAGAUGAUCGAUGUGGCCAAUAUGCUGGGCCUGUCCAACACGGUGAUCCGGCUGAUUGAGAAGAGGGCGUCCCAGGACAAGUUCAUCAUGGUGGGAGGCAUGCUGCUCACCUGCGUCGUCAUGUUCCUGGUCAUCAAGUAUCUGGUCUGACCUCCUGACCCUUUGACCUUGAUGACAUUUGAUUGACCUUGAUU